UGCAUUAUCAGCACCAGCACCAACGCCAGCUGCUGCUGUUGCACCAUUUAUUUAACUCCAAAUUCCUUUAAAAGAAAAACCAACCUUUUGUUUUUUCGAUUACUGCUCUUUAGUGGCAAUGGGUUGUUCGGGAUCCAAGCGAACCAGGGGUGACGAUAAUGUGAAGAAAAUCAGAAAGCCGAAACCAUGGAAGCAUUCUGAACUGAUUACGAGGACGCAGCUUAUGCAGAUGCGUGAUGAAUUUGGGGAUACAGCUCCUCACUACGGUGGCCGGACAGAGAUAUGGGAUGCUCUUCGAGCUGCAGCAGAAGCCGAAUUAGUCCUUGCACAAGCAAUUAUCGAUAGUGAUGGGGUGAUUGUUCAGAACAACGAUCUAACGAUUUGCUAUGAUGAGCGAGAUGCAUAUCGAUAGCCGACUCCUUAUUUC